ACUCAUCACUUGGGAGUUGCUGAAACGGUGCUUCGGUCGAUACUCGAUAGUAUCAAAGUUUCAGUAUUUCUGUCUCAUCUGUGGUAAUGGCGGAUUCUGGUGAACCUCAACCUCAACCCUCUGAACAAGUCUGCAGUUUCUUCAGAAAACCCUCGAAAAACAAAAACAUCAGAAAGAGAACGAUAAAUGAUGAUGACGAUGAAGAAGAAAAUUUGAAAGGUGAGAGUUUGAUCAACAACAAAAAGAAGAUUCCAAAGGUUGACAAUAAACUCCACUUCUCGACUGAGUCUUCAAAGCGAUCGCUAUCUGGUGAAUCAAAAAAAGGGCAUGAUGCUCCUAUCUUCCAGUUCGAAUCUUCAAAGGAAAUUCAAGUUCAAAACGAUAGUCGGGCUACAGCAACCUUAGAAACUGAGACUGAGUUCUCAAAAGAUGCUCGAGCACUCCGAGAGAAAGUUCUUAAGCAAGCAGAAGAAGCUCUUAAAGGGAAAUCCAAAUCUUCUGGGGAUGAGAAGUUAUAUAAAGGUAUUCAUGGAUAUACUGAUUACAAGGCUGGCUUCCGAAGAGAACACACUGUCUCUGGAGAGAAGGCUAGCGGAGCUCAUGGCCCUCUUAGGGCGUCAGCUCAUAUUAGGUCUUCAGCAAGGUUUGAUUAUCAACCAGAUAUUUGUAAGGAUUACAAGGAGACUGGCUACUGUGGCUUUGGGGAUGCAUGUAAGUUUAUGCAUGAUAGAGGAGAUUAUAAGUCUGGAUGGCAGAUGGAGAAAGAAUGGGAAGAAGCUGAGAAAGAAAGGAAAAGGAAUUUAGCUAUGAAAGGGGAUGGCACAGAUGAUGAAGGAGGAGGGGAUUUGAGUGAAGAUGAGGACGAUGCAUUGCCAUUUGCAUGUUUCAUUUGUAGGCAGCCAUUCGUGGAUGCUGUAGUCACCAAGUGCAAGCAUUAUUUCUGUGAGCAUUGUGCUUUGAAGCAUCAUUCAAGGAACAAGAAGUGCUUUGUGUGCAACACACCUACUCUUGGGAUCUUCAACACGGCUCAUGAGAUCCGGAAAAAGAUGGCAGCUGAGGGGAAAUGAUGGGUAUUGGACCAGUGAGCAUGUUGUUACUUGGGUCCAGCUGGUUCGGGUUUUCAUGUUCCCUACGCCUCUCAAGUAUUAAACCAGUGAGCAUGUUGUAACUCAGUUCCAACAGAACUUUCCAUGUUCUCCAUUUCUGAAGGUAUUGGACUGGUGAACAUU